AUGAUAGAUCCAAACAAACAAAAAAGGAAUCAAAUGUGUGACAACAAAGGUUAUACAACAGCCGUGGAAUUUUUAGAUAAACAAGAAAAGUUAGAAAAAGAAGCACGUAGGCUGAUGCCGUACGAUCCGGUAAAAUGUACCUAUGCUAUGGGGAGUUUAAAACAGUUAGUAUUUGCCUGUUUGACUUGCAACAAUAUUGGGGUGUGUUAUUCCUGUUCAAUCCAAUGCCAUUCCACCCAUGAAAUCGUAGAAUUAUUUUCCAAGAGAGAUUUCACAUGUGAUUGCGGGACUGAAAGAGAUGGCAACGGCAAGCAUAAUGGUGUUUAUUGUCAAAUAAGGAAAAACACUGAACUAGACAUACCUAGUUAUACUAAUGUUUAUGGUCAUAAUUAUACUGCAGGCGAAUUUUGCAGUUGUAAUUCUAAAUAUGAUCCCAAUACUGAAAGUGGGGAUAUGAUUCAGUGCGUUUUAGGAUUGGAAUGUAAUGAAGACUGGUAUCAUGACUAUUGUAUACUAGGGCUUCCAAAACCAGAUAUUUUAAAAAAAGAGACAAAAGAGGGAGAGACAAAAGAGGGAGAGACAAAAGAGGGAGUAAAAAAAGAAGACGAAAAAAAUAGCAACGGCUCAGUAAAAUUUCCUGACUUGGAUACCUUUGACACUUUUAUAUGCUGGAAAUGCAUUAAUAAAUAUCGUUCGAACUUUGAACAAUUAUUGGACAUAAAUGACAGUUUUGUUAGUUAUAAAAUCAAUCGCAAUGCCACUAUAAACAACCUUGUGUGUUCGGAGAAUAAGAAAAGGAAAAUAGAAAUACAUGAUUAUUCUUUAUUUUUGAAAAAGGGGUAUGGCGAAAUAUUACAGAAAUUAGUGUCUGAGAUUGAAGCUACCGGUAAAUAUAAAAACUCUUUAAAAUUUUUAACUGAAAUAUGCUCAUGUUUACUUAAAGAUGUGCCUAUUUAUAAGCCGUCGGAGGAUAAAGAAGAAGAAUAUUAUGAUAUGUUCUCUUUAGGUAAUAGAGAAUUGAAUAACCAUAUAAGUCGAGAUACUGCCAUAACAGGCAUAUUGGCUUUGGAAGAAGUUAAAACCAAACUAAAACAAUUUCUAAGACCGUUUGCAGAGACGGGUAAAGUUGUGGAAGAAAACGAUAUAAAAAGUUUUUUUGCCAAACAAGCUAGCUUAGGUAGACAUACCAAAUAA